AGACGUGGGACUACCUAUAUAACCAUGCUCACUCCACGGGAUGAAAACAACGAAGGCGACGCCAUGCCAAUGUUAAAGAAGCCAAGAUACUCGAGCCUCUCUGGUCAAUCGACUAACAUCACCUAUCAAGAGCAUACCAUUAGUCGGGAAGAACGAGCUGCGGCAGUUGGAAGACAUGAAGGUUUCCGUGGAUGUACGAUCUGGUUCACGGGACUUUCGGGUGCUGGAAAAACUACCAUUUCUUUUGCGUUGGAGCGUACUUUAAACAAGCUCGGAAUUCCUUGUUAUGGGUUGGAUGGAGACAACAUUCGUCAUGGAUUAUGUAAGAAUCUCGGAUUUUCCAAAGAAGAUCGUCAAGAGAACAUCCGUCGAGUUGCUGAAGUUGCUAAACUUUUUGCUGAUUCUGGAAUGAUAUGUCUUGCUGCAUUCAUUUCUCCUUUCCAAGAGGAUCGUCUCGACGCUCGAAAGAUCCAUGAAUCUGAAAAUGUGAAAUUCAUUGAAGUUCAUGUAAGCACUACUCUGGAAGUGUGUGAACAAAGAGAUCCUAAGCCUUCAGAACUGUACAAGAAAGCUCGUGCUGGACAAAUCCUCGGAUUCACUGGAAUUGACAGUGCCUACGAACCACCAGAGAAUGCUGAAAUUAUUUUGGACGCUGGAAAGGAUGGUGUUCAACAAUGCGUUCAAAAAGUUCUGGAUCAUCUGGAAUCCAAAGGAUUGCUUCCAGAGCAGAUCCCAGAUGUUCCUGCUGUUCGAGAAUUAUUUGUGUCUGAUGAUUUGACCGUCGCUGAGCUGCUCAAGGAGAGUCAAAAUCUUCCAACUGUAGAGCUCACGAAAGUAGAUCUUCAAUGGCUUCAAGUUCUUGCUGAAGGAUGGGCAACUCCAUUGUCUGGAUUUAUGCGCGAAAGACAAUAUCUUCAAAGCAUGCAUUUUGGACAACUUCUUGAUUUGAAGCAUAAAGUCGCAUUUGUCGGAGAAAAAAGUGACGACAAAGAAGAUUCGUGGCCAAUGAUGGAUGAUAUUAACCAGUCUAUUCCUAUCGUUCUUCCAAUCUCUGAUGAUGUCAAAAAGGGACUGGAAGGUGUUACAAGAAUAGCUCUGAAAUAUAACGGACAAGUCUAUGCUAUUCUUUCGGAUCCUGAAAUAUUCGAACAUCGAAAAGAUGAACGUGUAUGUCGUCAAUUUGGAACAAACGAUCCACGUCAUCCUGCAGUUGCUCAAGUUUUGGAAUCUGGAAAUUGGCUCCUAGGGGGUGAUGUGGCAGUUGUACAGAAGAUUCAGUUCAAUGAUGGACUCGACAAAUAUCGUAAAACUCCAAAUGAACUACGCGCAAUUUUUGCUGAAAAGAAUGCAGAUGCCGUUUUCGCAUUCCAACUUAGAAAUCCGAUUCAUAACGGACAUGCUCUUCUAAUGAGAGAUACCCGUGAAAAAUUGCUCGCUGAGCACAAAAAUCCAAUUCUUUUAUUGCACCCACUUGGAGGAUGGACAAAGGAUGAUGAUGUACCCUUGGAUAUUAGAAUAAAACAACACGAAGCAGUUAUUGCUGAAAGAGUUUUGGAUCCAGAAUGGACUGUUCUCUCGAUUUUCCCAUCUCCAAUGAUGUAUGCUGGUCCAACUGAAGUUCAGUGGCAUGCCAGAUCCAGAAUAGCUGCUGGUAUUCAACACUAUAUAGUGGGACGUGAUCCUGCUGGAAUUCAAAAACCAGGAAGUCCUGAUGCUCUUUAUGAAACUACACAUGGAGCUAAAGUACUUUCAAUGGCUCCAGGUCUUUCUGCUCUUCAUAUACUUCCAUUCCGAGUUGCUGCAUAUGAUAAAACAGCCAAGAAAAUGUCAUUUUUCGAUACAUCAAGAAAAGAAGAUUUUGAAAACAUUAGUGGAACAAAGAUGCGAGGAUUGGCACGAAAUGGAGAUACACCACCAGAGGGAUUCAUGGCUCCAACUGCAUGGGAAGUUCUUGCUGGCUACUACAAAUCACUACAAAACUCAAACUAAUUCGUCUAAUCGAAGAAGGGGAUCGUGGGCAAUCAUAACUAAUUAACCUUCAUGUAUAUAUUUUAAUCAUUGUCAUGAUAAUUUUCCAUCCAGUUCAAUAAGAAUUCCAUACAAUAAAGAAUCACAU